AGAACACUGGAAAACAACGUCUGAGCGGACACGUACACACGGCAGAGAGGAGGAAACACACUGACAAGUCGACACUUCUGGAAUCAGCAGCAGGUGUGGGAGCUACAGUUUGAGGAGGAGGCGUACUUGGGGGAAAGAGGAGCUGGCAAAGAGGAGGCUUAAGGGCAAAAUCCAGAAGGCCAUUAGACUUUUGCUGGACAGUAAAAGGGGGAAAGGGAAGGAAAGAGCACAGUGCAAGAGAGAAUUCAAUAAAAGGGAACCAAGAGGAGUGGAAAGACAAACAAAGGAACUUUUGGGGCGAAGAGUGGACGCCUGUCUGAGUGCACAAUGGUGUCUUUGGGACUUGAACUUGUCGGCGUCAUUCUGUCAGUGCUCGGCUUGCUGCUGAGUGUGACCAGCUGUGCCUUGCCAAUGUGGAGGGUCUCCGCUUUCAUUGGCUCCAACAUCGUCACAGCUCAGGUGUACUGGGAGGGCCUGUGGAUGAACUGUGUGUUCCAGAGCACGGGGCAGAUGCAGUGUAAGGUCUACGACUCCAUGUUGGCUUUACCUCAGGACCUACAGGCCGCCAGGGCGCUCACCGUCAUCUCCAUCAUCGUGGUGGUGGUGGCUCUCCUCAUCUCUACAGUAGGAGCAAAGUGCACCAACUGCAUUGAGGAAGAAGGGGUUAAAGCCAAGGUGAUGAUUGCCUCGGGUGCCUUGUUCAUCACAGCAGCUCUGACCCAGCUGGUGCCCGUCUCCUGGUCAGCACACACCAUCGUGUAUGAGUUCUACAGCCCAAUCAUCCCCUCGGCUCAGAAGAUGGAAAUCGGUGCAGCGCUGUAUCUGGGCUGGGCUGCUGCGGCUCUGCUGCUGAUUGGAGGAUUCAUCCUCUGUUGCAGUUGCCCACCGCAGGAUGAGAAACCACUGAGGUACAGUGUGCACCCCCAGAGCCGUGUAGCAUACUCCACCACAGCGAGGUCGAACGCCCCAAGCUCCUACAACAGAAGGGACUACGUGUGAGGGAAGAGGACAGGACUGAGGGGGGAGUAGGAGGAGUUGUGAACUCUAGUUCCACUUGGAUCCUGCUUAUUUGUGCAUUGUCAAGAAAUGUGUACAAAAGUGUAGCUACAUAAUGAUUAAACUGGUUUUUAGUGGAGCCAGUUGUUCACUAGAAAAUGGUAAAAGAGCCAAACCAAUUUGUGGAUAUUUAUGACCAUAAAUAAGUGUAAAUAUGGAGGCUGGGUUUUAUAUAUUUUUGAGGUUUAAAAGCUCUUUACAGAUGUUUGAUAGUACUGUUUACAGUUACCAUUGGUCUAAAGCCAGUUUAACAAGAUGUGACCAAAUAUGGUAAGAGAAGUUUGAAAAUUUGGUCUAUGUGGUCAGUUCAACGAGGAGACUUCAUCUCAUAUAUAUUUAUUAUUUGUGCUCGUAACAUUAUGUUGUGAAUGUUCCUUCUUGUACUGAUCAGUGUGUACAUGUAUAUAUAUAAAGCAAACAGAGACAUUGUUGUGUCUCUAGGGGGGUAUUAGCUUUCCUGCUAUUAUUACAAAAUACACACAUAGUCACGGACGUUGAACAUUGUACAGUCAACCAAAAUGGAGCUCAAAGCAAGGUCAACAUGGCGGAGUGGACUGUAAAGAGAGGUUAUGUAAAAUGAACAUUUGGUUGGGUGAUAUGUGUGUGAUUUUCUGUCUCUAUCACACUUCACAUGCAGCAUUAUGAGGCUGUGUUUCUACAAAGGUUGAUGCCUUUAUAUAACAUGACUUUUGUUGUUUAAACAUUUAAUGUACUUCCAAUAAUGAGAGUUUACUAUAUGACUGCAAAUGUAUUGUUUUGAGAUCGACUGAAAUGAUUAAAAAAACUUAAAUAAUAAAGUAAUAAUAAUAAAGUAAAAGUAAAGAUUUUCACCCUGAAACAUUAUGUGGGCCGAGUUUAUCCUGGUUCAGUUUAAAAAUUAUUAAGGUCAUUGCAUGUUUAAAUAUUAAAUAUGAUGAGGUUUUGCUUCUACAUACUGUUGAAAUGAAAGUGGUGACUCAAAUCAACACAAAUUACGAUUAACAACAAGAUGAAGACAACUUGAGCACAUUUUAAAAAGAAAAGAAGUUAUUUCAUUCGUGUUUGUUUUUACCUUCUUGUUUUGUUUUUUAUCUUUGACAAAACCAGCAUUAAAAAAAAGAUGUUGGCGAUGUGAGUGAUUUCA